AUGCUGGGAUGCGUGUCCCGCUUGCGUCGGCUGGUCCGUCUCAUCCGCCACCUCCCCCUCCAGACCUCCCUGCUCCUCCUCUUCCUCUUCUGCACCGUCAGCGUCUUCGUCUCCGCCUACUUCCUGUACGGCGUCAAACAGGAGCUCGAGCCCUCAGGAGAGGGCGUGGCCGGCGUCGAGGGGGCGUCGGCCAUCUACGAUGACCUGCGGGCGAGCCCGUCACGGCUACUCACGGUGCGGGCGGUGUCGGGGGGGCCUGCUGGUGGGGCAGAGGAGGGGCGAGGACAAACCCCUGUGGUGCUGGUGUUUGUAGAGAGCCAGUACUCUCAGCUGGGCCAGGAGAUAGUCGCCAUCCUGGAGUCUGGACGUUUCCACUACCGGACAGAGAUCUCUCCGGGUAAAGGGGACAUGCCCACAUUAACGGAUAAAGAGCGCGGGCGCUUCUUGCUAGUCAUCUAUGAGAACAUCCUGAAAUAUGUAAACCUGGAUGCCUGGAACCGAGAGCUGCUGGACAAGUACUGUGUGGAGUAUGGAGUGGGCAUCAUCGGCUUCUUUAAGGUUAGAAACACCCUACUGGCUGUCUUUCACUCUAUCUCCACCUCUCCAGCUGUCCAUCUCUCUUUAUCUAUCUGUCUUCCCUAAGGAAAUAGAUCUCACUGUACUGGAGAGAAUGUGAAAGAGCAGAGGUGGAGUGAGGAGUGGUACAUGUAGGUAGGCAGGUAAGUGGGGUUGGGGAUCAGCCUAUCGGGGAGAGAGCGAGAGUUCAUCUCAAUGAAAUCUCAUCUGAAGAGAUAGUCAGCUCCAUCAUCAAUGUUGAACAGGAAUGUGUGUUAAUACCUCAGCGGGCAUUGAGAUAAAUAUUUUAUUUUGUGUGGGCACAUCCUCAGUGUGUGUGGGUGAGUGUUAACUUAAUAACAUUGUGUUUUCUCAGACGCCCACAUGAGGGAGGGAGGGAGGGAGGGAGGGAGGGGGGAGAGCGAGAGCUAACAAGAUUCUAUGCCACAUGAUUGGAGGUUUUGCCUAUUAAAUGCAAUACAACACAUUUCCAACUGCAACGUUAUGAAUAGAAUUGACUGGAAUGGAAUUGAAGUUGUAACGCUUUCCCCUCUUGAUGUUGUCAUUGAUUUCCCUCCUGUAGGCCAAUGAGAACAGCCUGCUGAGUGCCCAGCUCAAAGGAUUCCCCCUCUUCCUCCACUCCAACCUGGGCCUGAAGGACUGCACUGUCAAUCCCAAAUCCCCCCUCCUCUUCAUCACGCGCUCCGGCCAGCCCCUCCCCGGCCCACUGCCCGGGGACGACUGGACCGUCUUCCAGUCCAACCACUCCACCUACGAGCCCGUGCUCCUGGCCAAGACCCAGUCCGCCGAGAGUGUCCCCUCGCUGGGUACGACGGCCACGCUGCUCCCCUCCGUUGUGCAGGACCUGGGGCUCCACGACGGCAUCCAGAGGGUUCUGUUUGGGAACAACCUCAACUUCUGGCUGCACAAGCUGGUGUUUGUGGACGCCGUGGGCUUCCUGUCGGGGAAGAGGCUGUCUCUCUCCCUGGAGCGACACCUACUGGUCGAUAUAGAUGACAUCUUUGUGGGGAAGGAGGGGACCAGGAUGAAGGUGAAGGAUGUCAAGGUGAUACAUACUUGGAAAAUAGAAAAUGUCAAUUUCCAAUGUUUCGGACUUCGAGACCUUGUAAUUAUGUUACAUAAUAUGUUUUUAAUGAAGCAUUAUUCACUAGACAGUUGGGUUGGUACAGCACACGAAAGGCAUCUUGCCAUUCCUAGUAUUAUAUUGAACUUCACAUUUUUUAACCUCUCAGUAUGCUGACUCAGAUGACAGAUAAUUGGUUAAAAUAAAUGGAUAAUAGGAUGAUAGAUGUAAUUGUGUUGUUAGAUUUCAGUGCAGCCUUUGAUAUUAUUGAUCAUAAAUUGUUAUUGAAGAAACUCACUUGCUAUGGCUUUACAUCACCUACCAUCACAUGGUUGGAGAGUUAUUUAUCCAAUAGAACCCAGAGAGUGUUCUUCAAUGGAAGCUUUUCUCACAUCAGAUACAGUGCGGUGUCCCUCAAGGCAGUUGCGUGGGCCGUUACUCUUCUCAAUUUGUACAAAUGAUUUGCCACAGGUCUUACAUAAAGCUAGAAUGACUAUGUAUGCUGAUGAUUCCACACUCUACAUGUCAGCACCCAAAGCCAGUGAGCUCACUGAAAUGUUAAAUAAGGAGUUACAGUCAGUAUCAGAAUGGCUGAUCAAUAAUAAACUGGUCUUAAAUACACCUAAAACUAAAAGCAUUGUAUUUGGUUCAAAACAUUCUCUAAGACCUAAACCUCAACUGGAGAUGUGUAUAAAGGGUGACCAUUGAGGAAGUUAAGGAAGUGAAUCUCCUAGGUAUAACAGAUCGCAUGGAACUCCCUUCCAUCUUCAAUUACUCAAGCAAACAUUUAAACUUACCUUAAAAAAAAUAUUGAACAACAUCUCAUGGAACGGCGGGGACUGUGAGGGGACACACACACAAACAAACACGCACACACACACACUAAAGGUGUCAGCAUGCUUCAGUUCGGCUGGCGCCUAGCCGAACUUGGCGAGCCGAACCGAAUGCGCUAGAAAAAUGAUAAAUUAAGCGGCAAUAGUACUGUUUGUCCAUUUUGAAACGCUGUAGCUAGUAUUCACUUUCUCAAAAUAGUCCGAAUUAAUCUAAGAUAACUCAAGAAGACGUUCUUGCGGAGGAGAUCUUAGUCGCGCAAUUUGACAUCUAACUAAGCUGUUUGGUGUAGUACACUACAUUACCAAAAGUAUGUGGACACCUGCUCGUCGAACAUCUCAUUCCAAAAUCAUGGGCAUUAACAUGGAGUUGGUCCUCCCUUUGCUGCUAUAACAGCAUCCACUCUUCUGGGAAGGCUUUCCACUAGAUGUUGGAACAUUGCUGCGGGGACUUGCUUCCAUUCAGCCACGAGCAUUAGUGAGAUCGGGCACUGAUGUUGGGCGAUUAGGCCUGGCUCGCAGUCGGCGUUCCAAUUCAUCCUAAAGGUGUUCGAUGGGGUUGAGGUCAGGGCUCUGUGCAGGCCAGUUAAGUUCUUCCACACCGAUCUCGACAUACCAUUUCUGUAUGGACCUUGCUUUGUGCACGGGGGUAUUGUCAUGCUGAAACAGUAAAGGGCCUUCCCCAAACUGUUGCCACAAAGUUAGAAGCACAGAAUCGUCUAGAAUGUCAUUGUAUGCUGUAGCGUUAAGAUUUCUCUUCACUGGAACUAAGGGGCCUAGCCCGAAUCAUGAAAAACAGCCCCAGACCAUUAUCCCUCCUCCACCAAACUUAACAGUUGGCACUAUGCAUCCGGGCAGGUAGUGUUCUCUUGGCAUCCGCCAAACCCAGAUUCGUCCAUCAGACUGCCAGAUGGUGAAGCGAGAUUCAUUACUCCAGAGAAUGCGUUUCCACUGCUCCAGAGUCCAAUGGCGGCAAGCUUUACACCACUCCAGCCGACGCUUGGCAUUGCGCAUGGUGAUCUUAGGCUUGAGGCGGGCUGCUCGGUCAUGGAAACCCAUUUCAUGAAGCUCCAGAUUAACAGUUAUUGUGCUGAUGUUGCUUCCAGAGGCAAUUUGGAACUCGGUAGUGAGUGUUGCAAACGAGGACAGAUUUUUAUCCACUACGUGCUUCAGCACUCAGCGGUCCCGUUCUGUGAGCUUGUGUGGCCUACCUACCACUUUGCGGCUGAGCCGUUGUUGCUCCUGUUUCCACUUCACAAUAACAGCACUUACAGUUGACCGGGGCAGCUCUAGCAGGUCAGCAAUUUGACGAACUGACUUGUUGGAAAGGUGGCAUCCUAUGACGGUGACAUGUUGAAAGUCACUGAGCUCUUCAGGCCAUUCUACUGCCAAUGUUUGUCUAUGGAGAUUGCAUGGCAGUGUGCUUAAUUGUAUACACCUGUUCCGCAACGGGUGUGGCUGAAAUAGCCGAAUCCACUAAUUUGAAGGGGUGUCCACAUACUUUUGUAUAUAUUGUGUAUUUCUCAAUGAAAAAAAGUGCAUGAAGACGAGUCGUCUCCCGUUGAAUGACAACAAAGACUUUAUUGAAUAAUCCGUACUGUUGUCCAAUCACCGACGAAGGGCCAUAGAUUUUGGCUUAGUUCCAGAAAAGAUGUUGUGCACGAACAGCGGAAAAAACGUCACCGAAGCCCAAAACGAACAAAAACUUCACAAAACGUUGUCAUAAUAUAUGCACAAACUCUUCCGAACUGUUUAGGCUGGGAAGCAUGUGAAUGCCUGUACACACACAUAAUGUUUUGUUGUUGUAUUGUUUGUAUUAUUAUUUUUAUUAUUUUAUUUUUUAGAUAUCGUUGUAUUUUAAAUUUGUGUGACUGUCCUUGUCUAUCAGUGUUUUGUUACUUGUCAUGUUUUGUGUUUUUUUGUGGACCCAAGGAAGAAUAGCUGCUGCCUCUGCAGAAGCUAAUGGGCAUCCAAAUAAACAAACAGAGUUGACAGGAUACAGCGUUCCGAUAGAGAAACACACACACACUCUCAAGAGCCAUAGCCAUGAAUAUUUCCAUACAUACAGAAUAGCAGGACCUUUUCGUUUAUCUGUAUCUUUCUGUGUGUGUCCCAUCAGAGUUGGGCUGCUUCCUGACAUGAGCUGGGGUAGAGAAGUAUAUCAAAGUGUUGAGAAUAAAUCACGCUCUGACAAGGCAGGAGAGACAGAGGGAGACGGGGAGAAAGUGAGAGAGGGAGAUGUGAGUGGAUUCAUAUACAGUCCGGAGGUCAAAUGAAACAAACACUCAAAUCAGAGGAGAGCUAGAACGAAGGAGAGAAAAGGCAACCGGGGGUGGAUGAGGAUGUAUAAACUCAGCUGUGUGUGUGUGCCUGUGUGUGUGUGUGUGUGCUUGCAUGCGCGCAUGCGGGUGUGUAUUGCCCUGCUCACCUUCCCUCUCCUCUCUGAGUCAGGCCCUGUUGGAGACGCAGAGAGCGCUGCGUAACAAUGUUCCCAACUUCACCUUCAACCUGGGCUUCUCAGGGAAGUUUUUCCAUGCAGGUAAUUCGGCUCGGAGAACACAGCAUCACACUCAUACAGUACCUGCUUUGUGUACUGAAGCUUAUUACUGAUAGCAUCACAGUUUAUACUCCAGUACUCCUUGGAUUAUCACCAGAAAUCAUCGUUAACCUACCCUUGUCCAUUCCCUGCCAACCUCCUUUCUUUGCCCAUUUCGUUUUUCCUAUUCUCUCUGUGCUCCACUGUCCUCCUCCUGUCCUCUCCUUCUUCUACUAUUCCUAUUCUCCCUCCCCCCUCCUCCCUUCGUCUCCAGGGUCAGAUGAGGAGGACCUGGGGGAUGACCUGCUCCUCUCCUACGUCAAGGAGUUCUGGUGGUUCCCCCACAUGUGGAGCCACAUGCAGCCCCACCUUUUCCACAACCAGUCAGUGCUAGCUGAACAGAUGCUGCUCAACAAGAGGUUCGCUAUGGUGAGUCUGUCUGUCUGGAGGCUAGCAGUGGGAUGCUAGCAAUUAGCCCACCUCACUGUGUUGCUCCUAAUUAGAAAUGCUAACUUUAGCUUAACACAGCUAGCGCCACUGAUUUUUAUUGUUAUUCCUUCUUCUCCCUACCUACCUCAUAUUUCUCUCUCUCUCUCUCUCUCUCUCUCUCUCUCUCCUCUCUCUCUCUCUCGCGCUCUCUCUCUUGCGCUCUCUCUGUCCUCUCCUCUUCACACUCACCCCCCUCCAUCUCCCCCUCCCUCCCUCUCUCUCUAGGAGCACGGUAUCCCCACUAACAUGGGCUAUGCAGUAGCCCCCCACCACUCGGGUGUGUACCCAGUCCACCUCCAGCUGUACGAUGCCUGGAAGAAGGUGUGGGGCAUCAAGGUGACCAGCACGGAGGAGUACCCCCACCUCAAACCUGCCCGCUUCAGACGGGAUUCAUACACAGCGGUAUCAGCGUGAGUCACAGAACCCUUACCGACGGUUACACACUCUCUCUCUCUCUCUCUCUCUCUCGGCAUAUCUCCUCUCUCUAUCUCUCUCUCUCUCUCUCUCUCUCUCUUCCUCAUCUCUCUCAGAUAGGUCUACCUCUCUGACUGCCCUACUCCUACUCUCUGACAGUAAACUCUCAGACUCUCCUAGCAUUCUCUCCCACUCCAGUCCAGGUCAUAUGUGUCCUCUUUCCUUUCCUCUACCUCUUCUGUGUUUGCAGAAUUUCAUAUAGACUCAGAGUGAAUGAGGUUUGCUUUGCCCAAAUGAGAAUAAUAAUAUGAAGAUUAUUGAACACAAAAGUGGUGAUACAGCCUGAUAUGUUUUGCAUUGACUAGACCAGUGGGGCUGGCGUGUGUGUGUGCUUGUGUGUGUCAUUGUCUUAGAAGUGUGUGUAUGUUUGCAGGUCUUGCCCAGACAGACGUGUGGUCUGUUCACACACACCAUCUUCUAUAAGGAGUACCCAGGCGGUCCCAACGAGCUGGACAAACUCAUCAACGGGGGAGAGCUGUUCCUCACUGUCCUACUCAACCCAGUGAGUUAACACACACACGAACUCUCUUUCUCUCUCCAUACAUUCAAUCACUACUCACACAAUCAGAGUGAAUUUAAGUUAACCUGUCUGUCUUUCUCUCUCCCUUUUCCCUCAUCCAUCUCUCCUCCUCCUCCAGAUCAGUAUCUUCAUGACCCACCUGUCUAACUACGGUAACGACCGGCUGGGCCUUUACACCUUCAAGAGCCUGGUGGCCUUCCUGCAGACGUGGACCAAUCUGCGGCUACAGACCCUGCCUCCCAUCCAGCUUGCUCACAGAUACUAUACCCUCUUCCCUAACGAGAAAGACCCACUCUGGCAGGUCAGUCUGUGGGGGAGAGAGAGAGAGAGACUGGCUGGAACUGGAUGUGUGCAUUGACUAAUACUGGGAUGUUAAAGGGGUGUUCCACUCAAAAUACAACCUAACAUGAUAACUGUCUUAGGGAAUCAGCUACAUCCAAGGUAAGUAGGAAUAUCAUGUUAGGUUGUAUUUUGCAUGGAUCAUCCCUUGAUGAAUUUAUUCAGGUUAGUCUCAUUUAGAUAUAAUUUAUUUAACAAGAGUCCUGGUUGGACCCUUGUCCUGUACACCACAAUCUGUUGCCAAUAAUUGUUUGUGUGUUCAAAGGGCAUCUCCAUUGAUCGUUCCAAUAUGUAGCCAUAUGUCCUCAGGAUGUUGUAUGGAUGGAUUUGUUCAGGGUUCAUUCAGCAACUGGAUACAUUUUCUACAAUUUCUAAUGAUCUUCAUAAACCCUGGUCCUACAGGAUCCCUGCGAGGACAAAAGGCACAAGGACAUCUGGUCAAAGGAGAAAACAUGUGACCACUUCCCCAAGCUGCUUGUCAUUGGGCCUCAGAAAACAGGUGAGAGAGACGGAACCCCAGCACCCCCCAGUGGGCAUCACCAGCAAUGACUCUCAGUCCACAAUCUUACUUUGCUUUAUUUCACCUCGUUUCUGAUUCAUUUCCUUACAUUUACAAUAGUUAGAGUUGAGAGGUCUUUGGUCUGGUCUGUAGGAGGGAGGUUUCGAGACUUUGGGCUGAAGAGGAGGUGUCGUUCUUUCAGUGUUACACACUCUCAGUACAGAACAGACUAACAGGAACUGGCCUGUCACAGAUGACCGACUGACUCUCUCUCCUCCACAGAGAAAGCAGAAGGAAGUUUAUGAGGAACGCACACUCACAGACACUAAUGGGAAUGGGACACUAACAAGACAAUUUAUUAGAUUAUUAGUCGUUAUGGCUGCAGCAAGGUGCUUCAAAGUCAAUUUGUCAAUGCCUCAAAAUAGAUUCUCACUUCCCUUCCUCCCCUCCCUCCCUCCCCCUCCCUCCCUCCCUCCCACCCUCCCUCGCUCUCUCUCUCUCCCUCUCUCUCUCUCCCUCCCUCCCUCCUCUCCACAGGUUCUACAGCCCUCUAUCUGUUCCUGGGCAUGCACCCUGACCUGACCAGUAACUACCCCAACAAGGAGACCUUUGAGGAGAUCCAGUUCUUCAAUGGACACAACUACCACAGAGGCAUCGACUGGUACGACUGACACAGAGAAUGAGCUCUGGGCCCGUAUUCAUAAAGCGUGCUAAUCUAAGAUCAGGUCCCCACGGUCCAUGUAAUUGUAUUCAUUAUGAUCUAAAAGGCAAAACUGAUCCUAGCUCAGCACUCUUUAUGAAUAUGGGCCCUGUUCUGUUCUAGCUGCACAGACAGAAUUACAAUAAGCAGGAUUAUCGCAAAGUGAAUGACAAUUUAGAGGCGGUUGCACAGACCCAGACAAUGUCUAGAGACUUCCCAUUAAACAUGCUUUCUAGUCCAGGAGUUGGCUUAAUAUGUGUUUCUGUCAGUAUACUGUCAGUGUAUAAUUUAGUUAGUGUAUCUGUUUUCUCUUUUGGUGACCACACAGGUACAUGGAGUACUUCCCCUUGCCAUCCAACACCAGCUCAGACUACUACUUUGAGAAAAGUGCCAGCUACUUUGACUCAGAGGUGGCAGCGGAGCGGGCGGCCGCCCUCCUGCCCAAGGCCAAGAUCAUCACCAUCCUCAUCAACCCAGCCGACCGCGCUUACUCCUGGUACCAGGUUGGUUAUAACUCUUUAUAAUGUAUGAGACAUAACUAUUCCUCCUUAUUUACCAUGUAAUAUCCAAUCCUGUUACCAAGCCUUAGAACUGCUUAUAACUGUUAUAAUUGAUAGUAAUAUAUGAGUAGUUAGGCCUUGUUGCUCUUGUUAUUACUGUGUUAUAACCACUCUUGUUACGAGGUCAGUUAUACCUCAUCGGGCACCAUAUUACUGAGGACCAUAUUCACACAACACCAUUUCUUUCUCUGCUUCCCCUUAAAGCACCAGCGUGCCCAUGACGACCCAGUGGCUCUGAAGUACUCCUUCCAUGAUGUCAUCACGGCUACCCAUGAUUCCCCGGUAAACCUACGUGUGCUCCAGAACCGCUGUCUGGUGCCAGGCUGGUAUGCCAUCCACAUGGAGCGCUGGCUCAACCACUACCACUCCAGCCAGGUCCUGGUUCUGGACGGGCAGCAGCUGAAGACUGAGCCGGCCUCAGUCAUGGACAGGAUCCAGAAGUUUCUGGGCCUGGUCAACAUCGUCAACUACCACAAUAUCCUAGCGUGAGGUUUCAAGUUCUCUCCAGCAACACAUAGCAGCUACCUAACCAUUCAUAAAAAUCAUUCAGUAACUGAUUCCAAGAGACCCAGCUGUACAUUUAGGUACGUUUACAAAAUGUUCUGAUUUUCUUCAGGUUUGACCCCAAGAAAGGUUUCUGGUGUCAGCUACUGGUGGGAGGGAAGACCAAGUGUCUGGGGAAGAGCAAGGGGCGUAGGUACCCUGACAUGGACCCAGAG